AGAGCAGGUGCGGCGACCCCGGAACCAUUACAUUUUAUUCGUCUGUUCCGGAGGGACGCAUUUCAGCGACGCACUAAUACAGGAAUUAUUGGACCAGUGGUUUUCGUGAUAGCGUUUGUUAAUGUGUAGCCAAAGCUAACGACAUACAUACGCAAUUAAGGAUGACCGAGACCACUGAAACUCAACAGAGCUAUGAGGAGCUGUUUGCCUACAGAUUUACGUCGGAGGAUCCUGAAUACCAGCAGUACGUGAACCGUCCAGCCGACCCCCCACCCGUAGUCGAGGACUGGAGGGGUCGCGGAGGAGGAAGCCACAGAGGCAGGGAUAACAGGUACCAGGACCGGCGUGGACACGGAGGCCGUGGUUGGGGAAGAGACCGGGGUUGGAGAGGGGACCAUCGUGGGCAGCAGUCCUGGCAGGACAGGGACAGGGACAGAGACAGAGAAAGGCACGGGGGGCAUGGAAGUGGAAGUGGGUAUCAGUCAGGGCCUCCAAGCUCCAACCAGGGGUACAACUCCUAUCAUCAGAGGCCACAUCAUGACCGCUACUGACCUCUAAGCUCUCAGGAUAUGUCAGUAUUUAUAGUAUUUACAGUCAAAUACUUGUGGCAAUAAAAUAUGUGGCACAGUGCUACUGGUGUUUUUUGCAAUUCUCACAGUCUUAUAAGUAAAUACUGAGCAAUAUAUGGAGUUUAACAGUCAGAAUAAUAAUUAAAAAAAAAAUACAAGUGGAAAAUGGCAUCUUUUCCAUUCACACUUGUACUCUUCAUACUUAAGCACAGUAAUCUUUUCCUAUAAGUGUUUCCUCGCAUUGCUCAGUCCUGUGAUUAUAUCACAUUUCCUCUCUGUAAUUCUUCUUUCACUGCUAAAGUCAAAAUCUCAGAAUUGUUAUAUGUUCAGUACAUUUUUGUAUACAAUAUAAUUAUUAUUAUACAUUUCAUUGUCAUAACAAAUGAUGAAUCUGAAUUUCCGGAGGAAAUCUGUUUGUAAUGCAGCUGUAUUUUUUUGGGUUAAACAGUUGUGUAAGUUCUUAUCAACUUAUGAGCCAAUCUUCUGACAAUAAACAUGUAUUUUCUUA